CCGCGAACGUUUGCUCAGACCCGGGCUCAGACCCCAGCAGCGCCCUGCGGCUCUCAGGAGUGGAGAGCGCUCGGGGUUGUCACUUUAAAUUAAAGAGGGAGAGCGCGGGCGAGCGGACGAGCGCGAGGGAGCGCGCGGCGGGCUCCUGGGAGCGUGCCCGGACUGCAGCGCAGCUCCUGUCCGCCACCCCGGCCCCUCGGAGCCCCCGACCCGAGCCGCGCUCUUCUGCCUGAAGCGGGCGCCGGGCGACACUGCAGGGGUGGCGUUGCUGCCGCCGGCCAGCUUUGCGCCGGUGCGUGCGCGCUGCAGGAGGCGGGCCGGGAGCCGGGCCGGGAGCCGAGAGCCAGAGCCGGAGACGGAGCUGGAGACGGAGCUGGAGACGGAGCUGGAGACGGAGCCUGAGCCCAAGCCCGAGUCAGAGCGGGGGCCCCUCGGCGAGCCCGGCUACCUGUGACUAUGGCCAAAGCCAUUUCCUGGGCCUGGGUUUUCUUAACAGUACAAGGGUCCUCAAAGCAGCAGGGAGCAACAGCAGCCCCUCAAAGGCCUGCAGGGAGGAUGCACAGAGGUAACAGGAACUCUCCUCACCUACCCACUUGGAACUCAUCUUUGAGCCAGACUGACUUCUUAGCAACAGUAAUAAUAAAACAGUAAGCAGUUGCCCAGGCUCAGCCACCACAGGGGGCACCAUGGCUGUGGAUGUGGCAGAAUACCAUCUGAGUGUCAUCAAGAGCCCCCCUGGUUGGGAGGUGGGUGUCUAUGCCGCAGGGGCCCUGGCACUGCUGGGAAUCGCAGCUGUGAGCCUGUGGAAGCUCUGGACAUCAGGAAGCUUCCCCAGCCCCUCCCCGUUCCCCAAUUACGACUACAGGUAUCUUCAGCAGAAGUAUGGUGAGACCUACCUGGAGGCCAGGCCAAAGAGAGCGCCUGCCUGGAAUGCCCCUCGGGCCAGCGCUCUGGGGCCACCCAGCCGCAAAGGUAGCCUCAGCAUCGAGGACACCUUUGAGAGCAUCAGCGAAUUGGGGCCACUGGAGCUGAUGGGCCGGGAGCUGGACCUGGCCCCCUACGGCACCCUCCGCAAGUCCCAGUCCGCCGACUCCCUGAACUCCAUCUCCUCCGUGAGCAACACCUUUGGGCAGGACUUCACGCUGGGCCAGGUGGAGGUGAGCAUGGAGUACGACAGCGCCUCCCACACCCUGCAUGUGGCCGUGCUGCAGGGCAAGGACCUCCUGGAGCGCGAGGAGGCCAGCUUCGAGUCCUGCUUCAUGCGUGUCAGCCUGCUGCCCGAGGAGCAGAUCGUGGUCAUUUCCCGGAUCCAGAGGAAUGCCUACUCCAUCUUCUUUGAUGAGAAGUUCUCCAUCCCCCUGGACCCCACAGCCCUGGAGGAGAAGAGCCUGCGGUUCUCCGUGUUCGGCAUUGACGAGGAUGAGAGGAACAUCAGUACAGGGGUGGUGGAGCUAAAGCUUUCCGUGCUGGACCUCCCACUGCAGCCCUUCAGUGGCUGGCUUUACUUACAGGACCAGAACAAGGCUGCUGAUGCGGUGGGGGAGAUCCUGCUGUCCCUCAGCUACCUGCCCACAGCUGAGCGCCUCACUGUGGUCGUGGUGAAGGCCAAGAAUCUCAUCUGGACCAAUGACAAGACCACAGCAGACCCCUUCGUCAAGGUGUACCUGCUGCAGGAUGGGAGGAAGAUGAGCAAAAAGAAGACAGCAGUGAAGAGAGAUGAUCCCAACCCAGUGUUCAAUGAAGCCAUGAUCUUCUCAGUGCCAGCCAUUGUGCUCCAGGACCUGUCUCUCCGUGUGACAGUAGCUGAGAGCAGCAGUGACAGCCGUGGGGACAACGUGGGCCAUGUCAUCAUUGGGCCAGCAGCCAGCGGCAUGGGUACCACACACUGGAAUCAGAUGCUGGCCACACUGCGCAGGCCUGUGUCCAUGUGGCACCCUGUCCGGCGAAACUAGCAAGCAGGGCAGGCCAGGUGGGGAGCAGAGCCACUGGGGCCUGCCACAAACUCAGCUCUGUCCAAUGCCCUCUUCAUAGCCCAGCUGGAGCUGUGAACACUGAGGUUUCUGGGUGGAGUCCCUAUCAGUCUUCUUGGACCCUCUGCCCAGACUACAGUGGAGGAACAGGUAUACCUCUACAUCUAGGAAGCCAGGGUUUUCUACUGAGGACCACUUCUGACUGGGCCAGGACCCAUGGAAGGCAGCAGAUGCUGGGCACUUGUGUACCAUCUGGAGGUUCUCACAAGGUUCGUCCCUUGGCCUGCAGGGACACUUGGGCUCUCAGAGCCGGCAAGCUCCCCUACCCCACUCCUGGGAAGCCAGCUGUCAGGCUGAGCCAUGCAUCAGAACAGGAAUUCUUGGGCCAGCACUGUGGUAGGCACUGGCAGGGCUCUCAAGAACAAAAUGAAGCCUGCAGGUCACCAGGAAGUCAGGACUCCAUCACCCAGGGAAUCUGCUCAGUGCUGAAGGACAGGCCAGCCACGCAGACUCAGGGUAGGAUCUGAGAGCUGGGGAUCAGGGAGGGCCCCACAGACAGGAAGGAACUGUAUUCUUCGGGGUAGGGUGGCCGGGGCACAGCUCAAGCAGUGGCAGAAAUGUGAACUUUUGAACUUGCUGACAUAAGCACAGUCCUCAGCUCACUCCAGUGGGGACAAGAGCCUCUCUCUGGGCUGGGGAAGAAGACUACAGGCCACAUCAAGGCUCCAUGGUUACUGCCCACAAAGUCUGUUCCUGGAUCAUCAACUGUCACAAGAACCAGAAUUGCAGAGGCCCAGAGCAAGGUCCUUGUGCAUGGUCUGUGCAAAAUCAGCCCCCGCUCCACCCUGCCAGGCUCUGGUGGGAACCCCCAGGACACUGGGCAUCCUGGGUCAAGUGACUUCAGCAGAUGUUCAGCCUCAGCCUGAAGGCAAUAGGGAGCUCUAGAGGGGAGAAUGGCAGGUGGUCCUGCCCAGAAGCACAGAAGCUGGACUAGUACAUCAGUCUUUGGGUUCUGGGCCUGCUCCAGGUAGAGUGAAGUUGUCAUAGCCCUGCAGGUGUCACCAGAUGAGGAGCAGCUGUCAUAUACCAAAGGCAGACCCAGAGAAGCAGCAGUUUCCUGCUCUUACUGAAGAGGGCCGGAGCAUCUUCCGGGUUAAAGGGAUGGAGAGGGCAGGGGUGGGAUGUACAGCAGCAGUAUCUGCUUUGCAGUAUCUUACCCACAGGUAAGAUGGGGAAUCUCAUGCUAGCUGCCCUUAUUCCUUAGCCCUGGUGAGCUGUGGAGACCCAGGUCCAACCAGUUGUCACUGACAGCAUGGGGAGAGAUGGCUUGAGCAGGUGUCCAGAAGGGUUAUGGGACUGGACUAGAACUCCCUGACACAACCAGGAGGUCAGCACAGGGACAUGCAUGGCUUGUGAGCCCUUGCUGCCCAGGAGACCCCAGACCCUUUUGAACCCUGGGGCUGUGCAGGGCAGGCUGUGUCCUCCCACCUUCUCUUCCCUCAUUUCCUCCCCCUAACUGCAUGAAAUGGUGACCAUGGAGCCAGGGUGGCUGUGAUGGGGACUUUGAAUGCUGACUAGAAUGAUUCUAGAACCAAAAUAAAGCUGGGGCAGGAAGGGGGCUUCUAGGGAGCCCUGCUCAGUCCCAAUCAUCUUUG